CGGCGAUCAUCCUGUAUGCGCAACGCUUUCAGCCACCCGAGCUCUCCGAACAAACUCGACUUUGCCUUUUUGCAAUCAUGGCUCGGAUACGAGACGUAUGGGCUCCGAAUCUCGAGCAGGAGAUGAACAACAUCCGUGAACUCAUCGAGAAAUAUCCUUACGUUGCAAUGGACACCGAGUUUCCUGGUGUGGUUGCCCGUCCAAUAGGCUCCUUCAAGACGUCGUCGGACUAUCACUACCAAACCAUGCGGUGUAACGUCGAUCUGCUCAAGAUCAUUCAAGUGGGAUUAACGCUGGCGGACGAGGAGGGCAACUACCCUCAGGAUGUGUCUACAUGGCAGUUCAACUUCCACUUCAGCAUCAACGAAGACAUGUAUGCGCCAGAAUCCAUCGAGCUUCUCCAGAAGUCGGGUAUUGACCUGCAGCGGCAUGAAGAGAUGGGCAUAGAGCCAAAUGACUUUGCUGAGCUCAUGAUCACGUCGGGGUUGGUUCUAUCACCAGACACCAAAUGGGUUUCAUUUCAUAGCGGGUAUGACUUCGGCUACUUCGUCAAGCUCCUUACCGCUGAAUCAUUGCCAACAACGGAAGAGACAUUCUUUGAGGUGCUGCGGACAUGGUUCCCGACAAUAUAUGACAUCAAGUUCGUAAUGCGAGCUUGUAAGGUGCUCAAAGGAGGCCUGCAAGACGUCGCAGACGAUCUUGGCGUCAUGCGAAUAGGUCCCUCGCAUCAGGCCGGCUCUGAUUCCCUUCUCACUGCAUCUACCUUCUUCAAGAUGCGCGAAAUCUACUUCAACGAUCACAUCGACGACGCCGAGUACAAUCACAAACUGUACGGCCUUGGGCAGACGUUCAACCUCACAAAUGGACUCGCCGAGCCGGUGCGUGGAAGUGCUGCGACGUUGGCGGAGCGCGAGGACCGGACAGGGCCCGCGAGAGAGCAGACGCCGGGCCCAGGAGUAGGGGCGAGUGUCACGGCGGUAGCAAUGGGGCUUGGAGGGUCAAUAUCUACACCAGCGCUUUCAGGAGCAUUGCCUAACCCAAUGCCUCCACCGACGCCGUAUGGCCCGAUGGGCGCGAAUGGGCCGUAUAUGCGUACUGCAAUUGGGGUAGGCGGCGGACGAUAGCCAGGCCAUCAUUCUUGUGGUUGGGAUCCUUGGUGUCGCUUCGUCGAUGUAAAUGAAUUACGGACCUUUCUUUUUCGGCUGUGUAUUUCUGUUCUGUGGAGUGUAUAUCGAUUGGGUGGUUCUCUCGUUUCCGAUAAGUUGCAGGCC